GAUAAGAGCGUUCCUGCAUUCGUUUGGUGGGGUUGGUCUCUCAACCCAAACCCUAACAAGCAACGCGACCCGUACUAGAACACGACAAUCACCCCAAACUCCACUACAAACUCCACAACGCUCUAUGUCAUCGACUCAACUCUCUUAAUAGUAAUGCUCCUCCAUCGCAAAUCUCAAAUCCCAAAUCUCAAAUCUCAAAUCUCAAAGUCUAGAUCAACCCAAUUAUAAUUCCUCCCCUCCCUUCCCUUCCUUUCUUUUCUUGUCUUUCCUUCACGUUUGUUCCUCUCUCGAUUUCCUGAAAACACAUAAUGUUUUUUAAUUGGUAGCCUGUACUACAAAAACAUACGGCUUCCCACGUACCGUAUGGUCUCGCGGGUAAUCGCAUAAAUACCUACCAACAGUUUCCAAAAGCCUCUCAGUGCAUUGCACUUUUCACAAAAUCCCCGACACAUUAGGGAAUCCCGCAUUCACCAUGUCACAGCAAUCUUCGGCGCCUGCUGAUUCUCUCGCGGCCAUCGCAACUCUGACGGAUGAAAUAACCCUUCAGCAAGUUUAUCUAGUCUCCUUGAACGACUCUUCGGGAGAUCAAUCAGCCCGCAAAGCAGAAAUCGAGGCUGAGAUUGCCAUUCUCCGAAAGGAGCUUUCCGCCAUUCAAGCUUCCUCCUCCCACGCUCAAGCAUCUUCUACUUCUCAUGACAACUCCUACACACGCCCAUCCGAUAUAGGUCGUUCGAAAAUGAAUAGCACGGUCGCGCGAGGAAGUAAUGCUGGCUAUCAAUUCAAAGAAGAAGGCGAGCCAGCGGGAUCAUUAUCCUCCACAGCUUCGACGCCUGGCUCUGGAGCCUCGAUGUUUGGUUCUGGCUCACAUCGAGCUGACCUCCCUACUCGAAAGCGUACUCUUAGCAAACACUUGGACAUGUUUGUCCCUUUCGAAGAAGUCAAAUCUCGGCGAACAACACCGAGUCCUUUUGCGACAGGUGUAACAACUCCUUCGGGAAGCUCAGGGUAUGGUUAUAAUGCAAAUGGUGAUGGAUACUUUGACCUCACUAUGGAUGAUGAUAUAGUAAUGUUCGAUCCCGCCUUUACCGAACGUCAGAAGCAGGAAGAACAAAAGUUUCAGAGGGAGAGGAAAGAUGCAGAGUUUGCUAGUAGUCUUGCAGAGUCAAGUAUCCCGGUCUCAAACACGCCAAUGGCUAGCUCGAAGCCUUCUGCUUUCCAUAGGAUGUAUGGAGGGCACUCAGGAGGUCUCUCACAAGCUUCUACCUCUCGCAACAUUCAAGCUGCCAAAUCCUCUGUGAUACCAAACACUCGCGACACUCACAAUAGCGAUUCCUCAAGUAGAAGCCUUCCAUGGAAAAAGGGUUCAAGUUCUAGUCUCAAAGCCGAACCGCGAACAUCGUCUCAUACUCAGCCUUCACCUUCAGGAUUUAUUGGCUGGGGUUCUGGUGAUACCACAGACAAGGGCGAACCACGAACAUUGUUUUAUACUCAACCUUCGCCUCCAGGAUUCGUCGACUGGGGUUCUGAUGGUACUACAGGUGUGCAUCGGGAACAAUCAUUCACUUCUAUGAACUCCAAUUCUAUGCCUGGUGCCUACAUUGAUGACGCCGCUAGUGAUUCGUCGCUUGAAAUCAUUGACUCUUCCGCUUUCAAGGAUAAUGGUCGUCAGAAAGCCACCGUUUCGAAGACUUCAAACUAUUAUAGUCAGCCAGGUCCGAUUUAUUCGUCGGAAACCCGCGUUUUGGGAGAUAUUGCUGUUGGUCGUACAAACACCAGCUUACAGGGGGACCCUGCUUCAUCUAAUUGGGCAAAGAAGUCUCCAAAUGGAAUGGAGAAUCCAAGUGGAAAUAUCAGUGAUGCUUCGACUUGGAUGAUAGGAAGUUAUGAUGGUGGAAUGAAUAAUGAAAGCCGAGUAGAAGAGCAGAAUAGUUAUUCAACCCCAUGGGAAGAGGAUCAACUAUUUGCUCCCUACAAUGGAAUGAACGCUGGCUAUAAAGAUUUCUCCAUGAGUGGCACAUCGUCUGCCAUGUCUUACAAUGACACAAAUCCCUCUGGUGCAUACCUCUUUGAUUAUUCCAAUUCCACAAUGCCUCUGACUGUCCCGGGAUCGAUAACUGGAAGUGUGCAUUCUUCACAUCCACAAACUAGUAUGCAUGGACCAGGCUCAGCUUUCAGCAUCGAUUCUUUGUCAGAACAUGGUAUGGGUUCAACUAAUUUCAAUUCCUUACGAGGUACAAUUAAUAAUGCACGCAAUUUUUCAGACGUCGAAUCAAAUCUUAGCUUCUUACCUACCCCCUUCGCGUAUACCCCUCAGAUGACAGAACGAAUGGAACACGUCAUAAAUGAUCCCAGAAAAACUGAAAAGGAGAUUAAAGACCUGUUGGAGAAUAUCAAAGCCGAGAUUGAGAUUCCGUUAGAAGACCGAGAGGGAACACCUGAAGGAUUGAGAUAUCCAUUGUAUGAGCACCAAAAAAUUGCUUUGACAUGGUUGAAACAAAUGGAGGAGGGUAGUAACAAGGGCGGUAUUUUAGCAGACGACAUGGGACUAGGCAAGACAAUCAGUACUUUGUCACUCAUUCUAUCCCGGCCAUCAACCGACCAUGCGCGCAAGACUACACUUAUAGCUGCGCCUGUUGCCCUUCUUCGCCAAUGGAAUAGCGAAAUAGCUUCGAAGACAUUGCCGACGCAUAAACCAAGUGUCUACAUGGCUCACGGAAACAGCAAGAGAGCUACGUGGGAUGAUCUCCGAGAAUACGAUGUAGUCCUCACAACCUACGGAACUUUGGGUGCGGAGUAUACUCGACUUGUUAAAUUCGAAGAAGAAUCCAAACGAAACGGAAUCACUAAUCAUGAUCCAAAACAAAUGGCCAAAGAUUUUCCAUUCUUGGGUCCUAAUAGCAGAUUCUAUCGUGUGAUUCUCGACGAAGCACAAUGCAUCAAGAACAAAACCACCAAAGCAGCCGCUUCGGCUUAUAGAUUAACAGCGCUGACUAGAUUUUGUCUCACUGGCACACCGAUGAUGAACAACAUUACCGAGCUUUAUUCGUUGAUUAAAUUUCUGCGUAUUCGACCUUACAGCAGUUGGACUUCUUUUGUAAAGGAUUUCGGCUGUCUCUCAAAAGGAGGUUCACACUCAGAAGAAUAUCUCAGAAAGACCAUGCAACGCCUACAAGGUGUUUUAAAGGCCAUUCUACUCCGGCGGACAAAGAAAUCUCAAAUUGAUGGAAAACCGAUUAUUAACUUACCACCAAAAUUUGAACAUGUUGAUCAUGUUAUUUUUAGCAAAGAUGAGCAGGAAUUUUAUCAAGCUCUUAAGGAUAAGACCCAACUUCAAUUCAACAAGUACAGAAAGGCUGGAACGGUUGGAAAGAAUUACUCGAAUAUCCUUGUCUUGCUACUUCGUCUUAGGCAAUGUUGUUGCCAUCCGCAUCUGAUUAUUGAUCUCGAAGAAGCCGCAGCGGGUUCGGCAGAGCUCACAGAGGAGCAGAUGAUUGAUCGCGCAAUGGCCCUUGAACCAGAUGUUGUCUCGAGACUACUUGCUGCAGAUGGAGGGUUCGAAUGUAAUAUCUGCUACGAUGCAACUCCAAAUCCCAGUAUCAUCAUCCCUUGUGGACACGAUAAUUGUCAUGAUUGUUUAAUGGCGCUAUCCGAGCAGGCCAAGCAGGCAGCGCGAGGCGAUGAAGAUGGCGCUACGGCCCUUAAAUGCCCAAGCUGUCGUGGAAAGCUUGACAUGGCGAAUCUUAUCGACUACAGAAUCUUCAAAAAGGCACACAUUCCAUCACCGGAUGUGAAGGGGGAAGAGAUGAUCGACAAUGCCGUUGAAAGUAGCGAUGAUAGUAACAGCGAUACCGAAUCUGAAUCUGACUCUGAUACCACAUCUGAUGAUGUUGACGAAAAUGGAAAUUUAGACGGUUUCGUAGUCCCUGAUGAGAUUGAGGAUGAUGAAGCUGAGCAAGGUGACGAUGAAAUUGAUUCAGAAUCGAAGGUUUCUAAAUCCAAGUCGAAAUCAAAGUCAACAUGGAAGUCCAAAUCUAAGACAAAGGCGAAAAAGAAUAAGGGUAAAGGGAAGGAGGUGGAAAAGCGGAAGCAACAUCUUUCAAUUGCCAUGAUGAAGAAAGAGGCUUCUAGAUCUAUUGCAGGCCACAGGAAGUACAUGAGAUAUCUCCGAAAGAAUUGGCAAUCGUCUGGAAAAACUGAUAAAUGCGUCGAACUUCUUGAGAAAUUCCAAAAUGAAGGCGAAAAGACAAUUAUCUUCAGUCAGUUUGUAACAUUUCUCGAUCUCCUCCAGGUACCUAUUGGAGAAAAGGGUUGGAAAUGCGAGCGCUACGAUGGAAGUAUCAAUUCCAAACGUCGAGACGAGGCAAUCAAGCGGUUCCAAGACAAACCGGAUUGCAACAUCAUGCUCAUUUCUCUCAAGGCCGGUAAUGCGGGGCUAAACCUGACCGCGGCAUCUCGAGUUAUUAUCCUUGACCCAUUCUGGAAUCCAUUCAUUGAAAUGCAAGCAGUCGAUCGUGCUUAUCGAAUUGGUCAGAUGAAAACAGUUCAGGUUCAUCGCAUUUUGGUACAAGAAACAGUUGAAGAUCGUAUUAUGGAGUUGCAACGCCAAAAGAAGAGCUUGGUAGAGUCCGCACUUGACGAAGGUGCUAUGAAAAGCGUAGGGAGACUUGAUGAGAAGCAGCUGGCCUUUCUUUUCGGUGUCUGAGAUAUUUGAGUAUGUUUUUCUUGACUCUCAUACAUACUCAAAAGCUUUUUUUGAAAUGGGUUGUAUAAUAAUUAUGAGGCGUCUUGGGGAAGUCAUGAUUACGAUUUGGCUGGUCCUAUUCCUCUAUUUGCACACAUUGGCAUAGCAAGCAAAAUAGAAUAUGGCGAAAUUUUGGACUGGGUUGGAAUAAAAUGGGAUGGGAUGGGAUAGUCUUGUGCAUUGCAAGGGGGGACAUAUGGCCUGGGAUUCUUUUCUUAUUUGCUCGCUCUCAUCGGAUUUUGAUACCCUAUCUAUCACCAUGGCGUUUUUUUUUUGUAGGAUCUGGAUGGGUGAAUUUACAAUUCAUUACGAGCCAUAGAAUUGAAGUCAGCAUGUUCUGUUUUCACAGUAUCUAUGAUCCCGUUAUUCUCUUAAAGUCUGUGGUAGGGAUUUGUUAAUGAAGUGCAUAGAGUUAUCGGGAUUGGAGAUAUGUGUUGGUGCGGCAGGGAGCAGGAGGUGAGAUACCAGAUGAAUGGAUGAGGAAAUGCAUAGAUAGAUAGAUGCAUGGCUGUUGAGAUUCUACUGGGGCAGGGCAUGGAAGAGAAGAGAGGUAUCGAGAUGAGAGGACAGAGGAGAAGAGAAGAGAUACAAUACAAUACAAUACAAUACAUACAAACAGUCA